GAAGUGACCCCCGACCAGGAAAUGUAGGAAGGGGCCUUUCGCUUUUAAGUCACCUCUAAGGACUUUGCAGGGCAGCUGCUUUCACCCCAAACUUAGUAUGUGAAUCCUGAAACUGACGCGGCCCGUUGUUUUCCAGUUCGCAGUGACUUAAGUUCAGGAGCUGGCAAAGAAGUCCGUCCUUAAAAGCUCGGAUGGGAUGAAAACCAGCAGACCCCGUAGAAAGCUCCCCGAGUGUUCGAAAUUGAUAAGCCGAGACACGCCAUAAGGAAAAGAAAUGGAAACGUGGGACAAUAAACCAAAUGCUGCAGUCAUUGGAGGUGUCAUCGCAGCCGUGGUGCUUGUUCUGGUUUGUCUGCUCGUCGUAAUCCUCCGGUAUCUUUACCGUCACAAGGGCACCUACCACACUAAUGAGGCCAAAGGAACUGAGUUUGCGGAAAAUGCGGACGCCGCCCUUAAAGCCGACCCCACAUUAAAGGAGGCUGUGGAUGAGAGUAAGAAGGAGUACUUCAUCUGAGUGGAACCCCUCGGCCUGUACACCUGGUGCUUUUCUUGUGUUUAUAUAUAAAAAGGACAUGGUGGGAUGUAACCACAGGGGGCCGGGGGACAAAAGCAAGGUCUGCCUGGCACGUGUCAUUUAUUGAUGCUAAAUAACAUUUCACGCUAAAUGCUAAUUUCACCUUCCUCCAAAACGAGCCGGUCAGGUAUUUCCGAUUCUUUUAGUUAAAGCAACAGGAUCAGUUUUUAAAUGGCAAUUCCUUUCAAUUGUUCCACUGCUAAUGAAAACAGACGUAAAAAGCCCUUAAACCAUUGACGUCUCUCUGCUUAAAGUGUAAAGAGCAGUCAAAUAGUAACGGCAGGAAGGAACUGCUGUAUAGAUCUGUAAAUUCAUGGUUGUAAUUAAAAAAAGAAAAUUAAGCGAGAGCACGACGGCCACCGUGCCUGACGUAUUUAUACCGUGGCCGUCUUGUACAUGAGCUCCACUCAUGAGCGAGCAGAUCCUGAAGAAAAGGCUUUCUUUACGUUGCCUUAAUGUGGAAGACAUUUUUUUUUUUUUACUACUUACGUAUAAUCAUACAUACUAACAAAAUGUGUAUUUUUUUAACAUUUAAUGUGUACUUUUAAAUAGUCUUAAUUGAUAUGUAAAGGCAAACAAGUCAGGCUGUAUGAACGUCACAUUAGUCAUGGAGAUCAUUUGUAAAGUUACCAAAGAUGCAAAGUAAAUGUAAAAGUGUGGUUAAACCUGGCGUUUUUAUCUGUCAAAAAAUGUGCACUUCUGGACUUCUGAUUCUUAAAUAUGAAAGUGCAGGUGGCGAAUGGAUGGACAAAAAAUCAAAUUGCAUAGCCCUGCUGCUUCCUUGGAUGUGACAGUCUUAAAGUACCAAAAAUUCAAACAUGUAUUUUAAUACAACAUUUCAGGGAGGGUUAUUUUUAAAACCUAUCAUUUUCGUAAAUGUAUAACUAUGUACACUAUAUACAGUAUACGCAGCUUAUGUGUUUUUAAUAAACCUAACUGUGUUUGUUGCCAAUGAAA